UUAUUGCAUUGUCAGCUACAAAAUGCAACAUAUACGUUUUUGUCAAUAUUACAUGCAUACAGACAACAAAACAUGGAUAGACAACGGCGACUCUGCCAAGUUAAUUCCUCUAUAUAGAAAUGUGAAAUACCAUAAAUAAGACAUAUGACAAAAUUAAUAAAAAACUUUUUGUUAUCGAUUUAAUGUCAAGAUGUUGUCAAUUUACACUUUGCACUGACGUUUUUCUAAAUUAACCGGUAAAUAAGUUUAUUUAUUUCAAACCUUACAGUUUAAAUUUAUAAACAAGUAUCGUUCGUAUAACACCUUGGCAAAAGGCCAGAUCAAACUUUUAAGUUUGUAAAUUUUUCAAGGCCCAAGGUAACAUAGGAAAAUGUUUAACAUCAGCUGCUAAUAUUUAUUAUUCACGUAGUUCUGUUCAAAUAUUAUUCAUACGACAUAAAAUCGAUGAAAUUUAUUAUAGUGUGUCUUUACUGAUUACUUUGAUAACUCACGCCUAUGAAUUACCGAAUUAAUUUUGUAUAAAGAAAAUCUUCAACGGCAAAAUAGCUCUAUCCACAUAAUGUUUGAUACGUUUGGAAGAUAUCAAUUCAGGAUAUUCUGUUUAUGCAUAUUAUGCAAAUUUUUUACAGCCUUUAAUCAAAUGGGUGUUAUUUUUUAUGCACCAAGAGUUUCGUACAUAUGUGCAGAUACUAAUGCAGAAACAUGUCCAUGUUCUAAACCUAUUUAUGAUACGUCAGUAUUUACCAACACUAUAACAAUGGAGUGGAAUUUAAUAUGUAAAAAAAAAUGGUUGGCAAAUUUGACCCAAACAUUGUUCCAAGUGGGCGUUCUAUUUGGUAGUGUAUUCUUUGGAAUGGCUGCAGAUAGAUAUGGGAGAAGAAAUCCUUGUAUUGUUGCCGUUAUAAUACAACUGACUAUGAGCAUGGCAUCAGCUUACGCAACAAAUUACGUGUUUUUUUGCAUAACACGUAUUUUCAUCGGUUCAGCUGUUGGUGGAACCAUGGUGACCACUUUCGUGAUACUCAUGGAAUUCAUCGGAAACAAAAAUCGGGAUGUCAUAUCAGCCCUAUACCAUGUGCCAUUUAAUAUAGGUCAUAUGAUGCUGCCCCUUAUCGCAUAUUAUUAUAGGGACUACAAAAAAUUUCUUCUAGUAGUUUCUAUACCCAGCGCUAUUCCACUCUGUUACUUUUGCUUUUUACCAGAAUCUGCAAGAUGGCUUAUAGCUGUCAAUAGAACAGACGAAGCUAUAGCCAUCUUAAAAAAGGAGGCUAAGAUAAGCAAACGACAGGUGGAUAUUCAUAAGGAAGUAGUGACCUAUGCAAAGACACUAACAGGGCCUAACGCGCAAAAAGGAAAUCUAGCAGAUUUGUUCCGAACGCCGAAUCUUCGCAGAAAUAUUAUUUGUAUGUCGUUUAAUUGGAUGACUUGCAGUUAUUGUUUUUACGGAGUCACCCAGUACGUUGGACAUUUGAGUGGUAAUAUAUUUAUCAAUGUGGCGGCCAGUGGAGGUGUGGCGCUUUUCGGCGCUUUCACUUCGAUACCAUUGAUGAGGGCAUGUGCCAGGAAGACUGUCGUUGUAUUAUUUCAUUUUUUAUGUGCCGCGUGUUUAUUUGCACUAAUGUUUGUACCUGAAGGUAAUUUAUCUGUUAUCUUGGCGUGCACAGGUGUCGUAUCCAGCUUUAUUGUGUUCGUUGUUGUUUAUUUAUAUUGUUCGGAACUAUUUCCUACGGUUGUUCGAAAUGCAGCUGUUGGAUUUUCAUCAAUGAUGGCACGUGUUGGGUCAAUGGUGGCUCCUUUCGUAAUAAACGGUGCAGACAUCGCGCACUGGCUGCCGCCUCUUGCUUUUGCUAUUCUACCGCUCGUAGCGUGCUGGGUGACGUUUCUUUUACCAGAAACAAAAGACUGCGAAUUAUUGACGACUCUAGAAGAAGGUGAAAAUUUCGGCAAAAAUAUCGCUAAUAAACCAAAGAAAUAAUAGUUUUAUAUUCACCAAUAUUUGUGUACGAUUAAAUACAUUCAAACAUAUGUUAUAAUACUUGAUGAAAAAAUACACUUUUUGAGGUGUGAAAUUGUAUUUAAUAUUAUAAUAUUUAAUUUUUAUACGUAUUUUGUUAUAAUUAUAUCACAAACUAUAAGUAUAACAGAAAAUUGUGAGUCGAUAUUGUUGAGUUUGGAAGUAAUAAAAUGUUCGUUAAAAGUUGUUUUAAUUCUUAGUACUUACACCAUAAUUGGUACAUAAAAGCUUGGGGACUUGUGAGUAUUGAGUUUAUAUAGAGUGCGAGUAAAUUGUUAUUGGUUUUAGUUAAAUUCACCAGCUAUGAAUUUGGUAAUAUUUCGCCUAAUAUCAACUUUCGAAGAC